AUAUAAAUAUUUAAGUAUAUGAUUAACAUUAAAAAUAUAUACCACUUAUGUUCUAAAACAAUAAUUUAUGUAUAGAAAAGUGAAAACAAACACCCGUGCGGUUGCACGGGUCAAAAUCUAGUUCUAAAUUAAAAUUUAAGUUUUACUCUGUGUUUUAUUUUAACAUUUUAAGAGAUAAAAUAAUUGACUUAUUAUCAUCAAGUUCGAAUUUCCCGUUGAAAACACAGAUUUUCAUAUGUUUAUGACAUUUUAAGAGAUGAAAUAAUUGAUUUAUUAUUCUCAAGUUCUAAUUUCCUGUUGAAAACACAGAUUUUCAUAUGUAAUAAACAUCUAAAACCACACAGAGAACUAUUUUUAAGACUUUUGUAUUAUUUUUUGAUUUUUUUGGAAGUACAACAGGCUGUAAAAAAAAAGAGAAUAAGAAACUCGACGGCUUGCUCCCUAUGUUAGGAUUUUGUUUGUCUUUUGUUAUUCACUUAACCAAUUUUAGGGAGGCCUAUUGGAAAUAGAAUUUGUGUGGAGUUUGAAAAUUUUAAGAGUUAAUAGAUUUUUAAAAGUUAAGUAGAUUUGAUGAAUUCUUAUCCAAUGUAUUGUAUAAAUUGUCAUUGAUUAUUAUAGAUUUUCAUAUAUACUUUUUUUUCCAAACUUAUCAUUCUAUUUUUUUUUUAAUUCUUUCAUAAAAUAGAACUAUUUGAAAAUUAAAUAAAAAUUUUGGUUUUUUAAUAUUUUGACAUUUUGAUUUGUCUUGUUAUAUUUUUGUUUUGAAGUUUUUAAGAUAAACCUAUGAAUUUUCUCAUGAUUUUAUUUUGAUAUCAAAUAGUUAUAUUUCAUGAAAGAUUUUUUUUUAAAAAAUUUUUUUUUUUAAUAAUUUCUGUUAUCUUUAGUUUUUUUUUUUUACAAUCAUCUUUGACUUGACAAAAAAAUGUAAAAAAAUCUUGUUGUGUUUGUAUAUUUGUGUUUUUGGUACAUAGAUUUUGAGAAUCUUAUGACUAUAUGUGAUAUUUUUAAAGUUGAGUGUUAUGAGUAAAACUAUAGAAUUUAUGUCCCAAUAACAAAAGAGUUUAAUAUAAUUACAAAGUCAAUAAAACUAAACUUUUUGAAUAACAUAAGAUUUUCAUAGAAUUUAAAAGUCUAGAAACCAAUAACAAAGGUUUCUAAUAAGAUUUUAAGAAUUCAUUAACCAAUAACAAUAAAAUCUCUAAAUUUUAAAAUUCCUUCAAAAUUUAACUCCCAAUAACCCCCUUUAAUCUAACUUUAUUUGUUUUUACCUAUUCAUCUGGAAGAAACAACCCGUUCUCAAGAAAAGAAAACAACUCGAUCGUUCUUGAGCUUCGUUAGAAAACAACAAUAACAAAUAAGAGAUUAAUUACUACAUUCAGAGAAACAAAGUUAUACAACAUAAUUAACGGUUCUAGAAGGCAAAUUAGAAAAUACGAAAGAAUAUUGGUACAUGUAAUGAUUACAAUUAUUUUUUUGUACGAACAUUUUAUAAAUAUGACUUGAUGGUAGCCAACCCUUUUGGUAGUGGAGAAGAUCUUGUAGUUGUGAGUGGAGUGUCCUAAUUUAAAAUAUACUUUAGGAGUCAAGAAUGUGAUCAUAUACCCACAGGGAAUCUCAACAAAUGCAAAAUUUUAGUAUAUAUAACAAAAUAUUAAUUGAAAACGUAUCUUAAAAUAAUUUCUCAGGCCAUCUUUUUCUAAAGAAAUAAAGAUAAAACUAGUGAAGUCUCUUGAAAAAAUUAACUAAACGAAAGAUUUAAGAAAGAGAGGCAUUCCAGUUCCCAACAACCAUGCUAUAUAACUUUUUGUUGAUUAUAUACAUCUAUAAAUAAAACAGGAUUUCUUUCAAGAUUUGUACCAUAUUUUUAAAAGUCUAAAGUAUAUAUAAUUUUCUUGUAUAUAUUAUCUAUAAGGAGAUGGCCAGAUGGGAGAGGGCCAUUCAAGCAUCAGUGCCUUUCUAUGGUGAGGGAAGGGCGGCUUUUGUGGAAACUUAGUUACCCUUUGGCAUUUUAUAAACAAUUUAUUUUCAGGGCUAGAGAUAAUCGUUAUCGAAUUUUUUUUUAUAUUAUCAAACCUUGGUUAGUCCUGACUCCUGACUGGAGCAGAUAAAAUGGUUUCCCCUUCAUUUUUUUUUUUGGUUUCCCCUACGUGCUUACAGUUUUUUCUCAGUUUACAACUUAGGAAAAUGUAGUGUUUUAUAUGAACACAUAGUUAAUAUCUUUGUUAUCACCAGCAAUGUUGAUCACCAGCUAUGUUUUAUUUCCACUGAAAAAUUACAAAAGGUAUACAAGUAUGAGAGAUUCAGGACAUCUGCACGCUUAGAUUGUGUCAUAUUAAAUUAUAUUUGAUUUGUUUACUAUAAGAUAAUAGCAACAAACUAAACUUAUAAAAAUUUAAAGCUGAUUUAUAUUGGUGAUGAUUGAAACCGACGUUUCUGAUAUUAGAUGUACCUUAAAAGAUACCAAGGGUCCAUCAUAUCGUUUGUUUACUAAAGCAUAUAUAUGUUUAAUACUACUAUUACACCUUUUUUUUAUAAUUUACACUAUGGAUUUUCUUAUACUACGGAAAAUUGAUACUUGAACGGUCCAAGUUAAAUCACUGGGCUCAUUGUUCCACUUCCACUCAUAUUACACUUAUAAAACGAUCGCUCUUUCAAGUAACUUAAAAACAUAAGCCAAAGUCGGGUGAUCUCUUUUGUCAAAAAAAGUCGUGUGAUCUCAAGCGUCUUCUCUCAUAAACCUAGAAACUAAUCCCAGACAUAAAAAAUAACAUGAAACUCUCAGCUUAUAUCAUUCAUACCAUUCUCUUCAUGUCAGUUGUAUUUGAUAAAAUACAAUACAAUGAGGCAAGACAGUUGCAAACAGACGGUAAAGAUCGUGAUCAUCAAUUCACGGCCGGUUACACUGAUGAUUUCGGGCCUACUUCACCAGGUAAUAGUCCGGGCAUUGGUCAUAAGAUGAAGGAGAGUAAUGAUACUGUUGAAGGGCUUAAAGAUGACUUCAUGAAGCCUACAGCGACACCAGGACAUAGUUCCGACGUUGGACAUGCUGUCAAGAACAGUGAGCCUAAGGCUUAAAAAGAUUCAUAUACUUUAGGGUACUGCUUAGUUGCUUUUACUAAAUUACUAUGUAUCCUUUAAGAAAAAAAGAAUUACAAUGUAUCUAAAUUAUUGUGUUAAGUGUAAUUUCAAUUUAGUCUACGUAGUUUAUGAUAUGUCAUUCGUAAGUUGGUUGACUAUGAGUUAUUAGUUCAUUAAUAAAGUUAAAUACGAUUUGUGUUUUAAUUCAUUUGGAACCUUAUUUCUUGCAUGAAUUUGCAUGUUAAUACUUUAUACUUCGUACGUAGUGAGCUUCUUACUACUCGCCACCAUGUGCAAAUUAAAAUGUAAAAUUGCAAAGAUGGAGAUCUUUUAGAUUAUAUAUAUAUAUAUAUAAUAUGUGUGUGUUUCUGUGUAAAAAGACAUCUUAUACAAAACUGGGACUUUAAAAAUAAUAGUUACAAAUGGAUGGCCGGCGAUAGAAAAAGCAAGGUUUAAAUAUUUCCAAAUUAGGGAGAAUGAAAUUAAAAUGACUUUACACCAAAAAAAAAAAGAAAAGAAAAAGAAAUUAAAAUGACUUAAUUGAGUUCUUUUAGCUAUUACAAUUAAGAUAACGCAUUAAAAACUAUUAAUAAGAAAAUAUUAUAUUUCCUAAGUUUCAAAAGAGAAUAAAUUUUAAACUUUUUACAUAUUAAGAAAAUAUAUUAAAUUUUGAUUAUUAAAAUAUUGUUUUUUUAUAAUUAAAUAUUUCUCACAACUUUCAACCAAUAAAAUUUUAAUAAACACAAUAAUCUUUUUUUUUUUAAGUUUACAAUUUAACAUUAAAUAAUGCAUUGAAAAGAUAAAAAUGUUUUUUCAACAUUUUUUUUCUAAAACAUGAAUCUUUUCGAAACCGAUAGAUUAUUACAUACAUUUUCCUUCCGUCUCCAUUAGCUGAAGUUGAAACUGUACAAUACAAAUAUAGAAAGUGAUUGUAAUAAAUAAAUAAUGGUUUUUCUUUGUCGCAGUUGUAAUGGUGAAUUCUGUUGAAUAAGAUAAUUUACAUUAAACAUUUCAUAUCUAUUAUUGGAAGAUUUCCCAAGUACAUAUUCAAGGUAAUUAUUUUGUUGAAUAGUAAAAAUAAUACAUUUUGUAGGGUGGGCAAAUACCACUGGUGCAGCGUACUAUUCAACCACUAGACACUAGUGCUUCAUGCAGGGGCACUAACCAAGGUCUGGUAACUAAUGUUGAAUUUAAGUGAGUAUUUAAUAAGCUUAUUACUAAUUACCAUGGAAGAAAAAUAACUUAGUGUGGGCCACAUGCCACACCCCCUUCAGCUCUAGGUCCGCCCAUGGCUUCAUGUUACCAUACCAGAUUCAAAGGUUUAACAAAAUGCAUACUCAAAUCUUGUGUACUUUCCUUGAAUAUAUAAGUUAAAUCGUUUUGGGCGGUCCCCUUAAAAUCAUAAAAAAUUGGUUGUAGUGCUGUUAAACAUAAAAGUAUAACUUAAAAGGAACAUCUAAGAUAAAACAGUAGAUAAUUGUUAUAUUAGGUAGAACUUCUCUAUCUGUCCAUAUAUUUUUUAUAUAGAGCAUUUAUAGUUAUAUUAUUAAAAUUCAUGAAUGGUAAAACCUUAAGUCUAAAAUCGUCGAAUCUGGUUCUUGCAUUUUCAAAUAGGAAAUAUUACAAUGUGACAUUCCUAAUAGUAUAGCUAAACCUUUUUUGAUUACUGUGAGGUUUUACUCAGCAUACUCAAGUAUUAUCAAAUUGCAUAUAAUACUUGAGGCACAUACUAACGGUUUACUACUUUAAAUGUACAGAAAUCUAUCUAUCUAUACUAAUAAAGGAGAGUUUUCUCUCACCUUAACCCUCCACAUCAUUUUCCUAUAUGGAGCAUUUCUGGACACGUGGCAGACUAAGAAUUUUCAGUUUCGAAUGUUUUGUUAUGGUAUUUGGGUUUUUAAAAUAUGUUUUUGUUCAGGCCCAUUGAAGUGUAGGGUUUACCUCAUUUUCUGAACUUGGAUUUUCACAGCUCAGCUGUCGACUAAUUCAAAUGACAUCGCCGAUCAACUCUCCGUAACGUCCUCCACUCUCAUUAAUAUGUACUUUAAACCGAGUUGUUUAUGAGGUUUAUAGCGGUUUGAAAUGGUUUAGAACGGUUUGAGUGAUUGUUGCAAAACGCCAACAACUGCAAAGCUGCGUUUGCGGAUGGUAGCGGGGAAACCAGUCAUACCCUUAGUCUUAGUGAGUUUCCUCCACUAUUAUAUCCGACUUAUUUGCACCAGAACACGUCUGAUCUCUUCUAUGGCGGCGUAAAGUUGAAAUUUUAGAGAUCAUGUAUGCAUUUUGAUCGGCUUGAUGAAUCCAAGGAAUAAGUAUAUAAAAGGAAAGCUAAGGACGUUGCUGGGAUCUGAGUCUGGUGCUCCGGUGUUUUUUUUUUAAUUAAUUAUUAACGUUCUUAGAGCAUAAUUAUCGCUGACACCGGUGGCACAGUUUUUUAGGAAACCUUUUUUUGAUUAUUUUUUUGUCUGAAAUAAAGAAAAAUAUUUAAAAACGAACCAAUCGCAGGCCCCACUGACACGUGGCGGCCCAACAGUACAAGAAACACUCCAAAAUAGAUUUUUAUUUCAUAGUUUAUGUGCGAUUCUUAUGGUUUUUAUGGGGCCCACGCAAUAAUUUUUUUUAAAACCCCAUUAAAGUUCCGUGAUAAUGGUGGCCUUAGUCAUAGGGUGAGCUUCAAGUGUGAAAGGAACAUAGAUGUGAAUUACUAAAUUAUAUUUAAAAGUCAUAAAUGUCAACCCCCCCUCCCCCAUGCUAAAUAUAUUUGUUGUAAUGUUGUGCAUUUGGACUUUUUCAGUGUGAUUGAAGAUAUAUUAUUGUGGUCGUAUCAUAAAACACUAACCCACCAUCACAUUUUAGCUACUCGCGGUGGAGAACGAGCUUUUCAUGGUGGAUGACCCGUCUUCUUAUGAGGUACCUCAAUCUCAUUAGAUAUGAAAGGUGCAGCCACAUCUAUGGUUGCAAUGAACAAGAUAUUGAUCACACUUUGCUUCACUUACUACUUUGAUAUAUCUUCUCACUUUUUUGAUAAAUCUUGCUCUUUUCACAUCUUUAGCAAAUGUCACCCAUAAAACAAAAGCUAAAGUAAUCAACGAAUUCUAAAAGCAUUUUGCUCAAUUGGAUGUAGCGGUAACAAAAAACUCUAUUCAUUUCUAAGAGCAUAAUAUUCAGAAAUUCUGGUGUAGUCGCAAAUAUUGGUUGUCAUGUUUAUUUUUAUGCAUAUAUUUGAUUUUUUUUUUAUAAAAAAAAGUAUGUUAAGAAACUGAUGGACAAAGUAAAAUAAAAUUUAAAUACCUCUAUAUAUUUACUAUAUUUUGUUCCUACAAACACAUAAAUAGUUUUGAAAUCUUGACCACAAAAAUAGUGGUUCGGAUCAUUGACAAGGCAAUUCGCAACAUGAUUGCUUUUCUUCGCUACAAGGCUGACCACAAGCUUGCAUGCUAAAUGAAAUGUUGGUUUUAAGUCUCAGUUUAGAGCUUUGCAGUUUAAAACGUUUUUUUCAACCAUGUAAAUUUUCAUCUGUAAGCCUUUAUUUCUGUAAAUUUCUAUUCUUUAUACAAUGAUAAUUGAAUUUCACAUUUCAUAAAAAAAUAGUUUUGAAAUCAUUAAAAUAUAUAUUAGUGUUAAAGAUCCUACGCGCCGGCAUACCCCUAGUUAAACUAUAAUUAACACAUUAUGAGCACACUAUGUCAAACACAUGAAGUUUUACUAUAUAAGUGUAUAAUAUUUAAAUUUACUCAAAAAUGAAUAUAUACACAGCAACAUGCAUAUUAUAUAGCCGCAAAGCACCCGAACAGGAAAAUCCAAAAACAUUUCUUAUGCAUGUGCAGUAAAAACACUAAUUUAGUACCAGUUGUAAUAUCACGAGAUCUCGUGAGAGUCUCAAAAAGUUCUGUAAGAAACUAAAAACAUUUAUAUAGUUAAAAGGACUUGGCUCCUUCUUGAAUCUUGACAGUCUAAACGUGCACUCAUCUUCUUAAUUACCACUUUUUAACGAUGACCACAUUCACAUCAAUUUGGUUCGAACUUGUAUGGUGUCCGAGGAAUAUGCUUUUUAUUAUUCGGUGCAAAUAUUCACCAAUCAUCAUAUACGUUUUCCCUAAUUAAUGAUAAUGUUAUAUACAUUAUAAACUCUAUAAAUUAAUAAACACGGUAAGUUAAUAAAUUUUUGUUAUUCCAAAUUAGACUGGUGUAAAAUAUGACAUGAUUCGAUAAAAUAAUAAAAUAAUAAUAUUUAGAAAAUUUAUGGCUAAAUAUAUGGUCCCUUUAAAAUCAUAAAUUAAUAAUUAAUAUAUAUAUAAAUUUUCUAUAUACAUAAAUAAAACAUCUUAUUUUUUAUAAUUUUUAAAAUGAAUUGUAUCUCUAAUUUUUAUUUUAUAUUUUAUUAUUUUAGUGUUACUUUAUUGAAUUACAUAUAAAAACUGAUUUGUAUACUUCCAUAUGUAUUCAACAUACAUAAAAUCUAUCAAAUGAUCUCAUAUGUAUUUAACUAACAUGUAAUAUUAUGAAAUAAAAUAUUAUUUCUUUCUUUUAAAUAAUUUUUAAAAAAUUUAAGUCUGAAAAUGGAAAAUUUCUCUAAAUUAAUAACUAUAUAAAUUAAUAAAUUAUCAUACUCCCAACAUUAUUAAUUUAUAGAGUUUUUACUGUAUGUUGAUAUAAAGGGAAACUUACAGAAUAUAAUUUCCUUCAGAAAUACUUGAUUGAGUUUAAAAUACAAGUUCACACAAAACGUAAUAGCCAUAAACUACAAAAUAUCUGGUUAUCUCAUUUUUUUAAUGGGAGUGUAUAUGGGGUUGUUUAGAGAGUUGUAGACAAGCAGAAGGUAAUUUAAAUGACAACAUAUCACUGAUAUCAACAUAGAUAAGAGAUUAAUUAGAGAUCACAUUCAAAAUCAAUUCAAAUAUAUUUAUCAGCCGUGACGUGGUUGGAAAAUCCUGAAUUCACGACAUGUAUCUUCCUGUCCUAAGUGCAUCUCCAACCAUAUUCCAUUUUCAACUCCAAACAUUAUUAUGGAGUAAAAUUUUCUUCAACCCCACUCCAUUUUCAACUCAAAAAUGGAGUAAUGGCUAGGGUUACUCCAUUUAUGGAGUAAUCUUAUCCAUUACUCCAUUUUAGAGUUGAAUUUUUUUUAUUUUUAAAAUGGUCUUUUGAAUCUUUAAUGUUUCUAUUUUUUACUUAAAUAAUAUUUAAAAUGAUACAAUAACAUGAAAAUAGUAUAUUCCACAAAAGAUUAUUUAAUAAUUUAAAAUAAAUGCAUAAAAUAACAGAAACAUAAAUAAU